GACUAGAAAUUUCCAAGAAUUCUUCCAGCUGGCGCGACGCCUCUCGUGCGAACGACUCCACCGUGUAGUGGUAAUCCUCCCGCUUGACGUCUCGUAUCGUGUGAUAAGAAAUAUUUUGCGUACAGGUUAUGUGUGGCUUAAUUGCCAGGGAGAGUGUGUUUUGAGAGACGUAGCUGAACAUAGCGAUAACCGACGAAGCGCGAUAGAUAACCCGCGAGUCUCCUUCAUUUCCUCCGGCGGGACGAGAAUCGACGUUUCGCGUUAUCUCCGCUUCCCGCUUCAGCUCGAUUCCGACUCGCCUCUGCGGCGAUGUCAAGCGUGUCCCGGAUAAACCGCGGGCCGUGAGAGAUAUAACCGAUUAAUAAGAAUGGCCGACGAGGCGGCGGUGACACUACGUCUCAAUAAUAACGAGGACGCCGAGUGCAUAGACGCCGAGAUCGACGGCGAUGACGAGGAGGAGGGCUCCGACGGGGUCAUAGUUCCGGAACUUCAGGGUACAUUAUCCAAAUGGACAAAUUACAUACAUGGCUGGCAAACUAGAUUUAUUGUACUCAAAGAUGGUACUUUGUCUUAUUACAAAUCUGAGCAGGACAGUGGAUUCGGAUGCCGAGGCUCGAUUAGUCUGUAUAAAGCCAAUAUCAAGGCACACGAAUUCGACGAAUGCAGAUUUGAUGUGUCUGUGAAUGACUGUUUGGUUUGGUAUUUAAGGACAAGGAAUCCAGAAGAGAAACAGCGAUGGGUGGAUGUGUUGAAAUCUUAUAAGUCAGAAUCUGGUUACGGAAGUGAGAACAGUCUCAAACGACAUGGUAGUGCCAUAUCGCUUGUGUCAAAUACACAAUCGACGACAAGUGCUGGUAGCUUUACAAAGCGCGGCAUUAGGGGACUGAAAGAGAAACUAGCUGAGAUCGAGACCUUUAGGGACAUUCUAAUCAAGCAAAUCGAUACACUGCAGAAGUAUUUUGAUAAUUGUGCAGAAAAUGCUAAGAAUACUUCCAAGAAAGAAAAGAAAAUUGAGACAAUGUUCAAUCCAGCCGAACAGUCAGUGGAUUUUAAAGGAGAAGCGAUAACAUUUAAAGCCACCAGCGAAGGAGUGUUAGCGACUUUACAGCAUUGCGUUGAAUUAAUGGUACAACGGGAGGAUGCUUGGCGCCGUAGAUGGGAAAAAGAAGUCGAGAAGAGACGAAAGUUGCAAGAACUUUACAAGGCCCUGAAAGAUCAAGUUGCUAUGCAUCAUACUGGCUCACCAAGACCGAGGGUCCUCAUCCACGGAGGACCUGACUACGAGGAAGGUCCACAUAGCGCUCUUUGCGACGAGGAAUUUUACGAUGCCGUGGAAACGGGUUUGGACAAAAUCGAUGAGGAGAAUCAAUUGAGGGAUCGUUUAAAACAAAAAUCUGUCUCGAUUCUGACGUCACCUACCACACCAGCGUCUACGCACAGGCUAUGGCCAGAGAUAGAGAAGAUCACGAUGGAACAAUUGCAUUACGCUCGACUGGGUGUUGGUGGGGCGGGCGGUUGGCAGUUAUUCGCCGAGGACGGUGACAUGCGGAUGUACCGGCGGGAAGAGGAGGCUGACGGUUUGGUCGUGGAUCCCCUGAAAGCGUGCCACGUCGUCAAAGGGGUCACCGGUCACGAAGUGUGCGAAAUAUUCUUCAGUCCCGAGUACAGGAGCGGCUGGGAAGCCACGCUCGAGGACAUGACGGUCGUCGAGAACAUUUCCAAAGAUACGUUGCUAUUCCUGCAAACGCACAAGCGCAUUUGGCCGGCGAGUCAGAGGGACGCGUUGUUCUGGUCGCACAUGCGCCACGUAUCGGACGAUCAAGAUCGCGACGCCCAGGAUCUGUGGAUAGUCUGUAACCAUAGUACCGAGCAUCCUGAUUACCCGCCGAACGCGGGUAAAUGCGUGAGAGUCUACCUGACUGUUUGUCUCGUAUGCCAAACGUUCAUCGAUCCGCCGAAGGACGAGGAGGAGAUAAAGAGGGAGAACGUUACGUGUAAAAUAACAUAUUGUUCAGUUGUGAAUCCGGGUGGCUGGGCUCCGGCGUCCGUUUUGCGUGCCGUUUACAAGAGGGAGUAUCCAAAGUUCCUUAAGCGUUUCACUAAUUUUUGUAUCGAUCAGUGCAAAAGCAAGCCGAUCACAUUCUGAAUGUGAUGUUGAAAAAAAAAUGAAACUUCAAUGUUUUCCAUCCAGCUCCUUAUUCGCUAUUUCAAAGUGUCUUCACAUGAUUAUUGUAAAAAAAAAAAAAACUAUUUGUAUUGUUACAUACUGUAGGAGUACAUAGAAGGGCUAUUACGACGUAAGUGAAACUGUUUUUGUAUAUUACCUUUUUUUUUUUAUUUGCUUAAGAUAAUCUACUUAUAUAGCUUGUGAAAUGGGAAGACGAGCUGUUAUAUUAAAGGCCAUUUAAAGGUAUAUAAAGGUAUGAGUGUAUAUAGCAGUCUUGUACACUCGAAAAGAAAAAAAUAUGAACAACUCUUUCAUGACAUAACGAGGCACGCGUGGCUACAGCACCGUUUACAGAUUAUCCUUUCCUCUUCAAAUAACAGCUUGUUAUUUGUUAUACAGAAUGCUAUCGCAACCGAGUUGUACAAAUCUUUAAUAAAAAAAAAUUGGAUACAUA